GUUUAAUUACCUCCAGAAGAACCCUCAUCAAGUGUCAUAAUUCCGGCUUUUCCCUUCUCUUUCGUCACCUUCUCUUUCAUCUUGGCUUCCUGUACUUGGAAUUCCAGAAUCAAGAAUCUAGUUCUUGUGAAUUUUGGAAUCCCCGUCCUGAUUUCCUUCACCGGGUCGAUGAAUCUGUUGUUGAAUUCGAAGCAUUAAGCGAAUCGAUGACCAACAGCUCAACGACGCCUGUGGCUAAACCGGACCUCAGCCCACUGGUCUCGCCGACCAGCUCCCGGUCGGUGACGCAGACGGUGAACGGAUCGCACAAGUUUGUGAUCCAGGGUUACAGUUUGGCGAAAGGGGUGGGGGUGGGGAAGCACAUUGCCAGCGACAAUUUCACCGUGGGUGGGUACCAGUGGGCCGUUUACUUUUACCCCGAUGGCAAAAACCCUGAGGAUAAUUCUGCCUACGUUUCGGUUUUCAUAGCUCUGGCUAGCGAAGGGGCUGAUGUCAGGGCACUGUUUGAGCUGACGCUGGUGGAUCAGAGCGGGAAGGGGAAGCACAAGGUGCACAGCCAUUUCGAUCGCUCUCUUGAGGGUGGCCCCUAUACUCUCAAGUAUCGCGGUAGUAUGUGGGGAUACAAGCGAUUUUUCAGACGAGCUAUGCUUGAAUCGUCUGAUUACCUCAAGGGUGAUUGCUUGCAAAUUAAUUGUACAGUUGGAGUUGUGGUUUCAGCAAUAGAUUGUCCAAGAUUUCACACAAUUCAGGUGCCACAGUCUGAUAUAGGAUCACAUUUUGGCAAGCUGUUAGAAAAUAUGGAUGGUUCAGAUGUUACUUUCAAUGUCGCUGGGGAAAAAUUUCAUGCUCAUAAGUUGGUGUUGGCUGCUCGUUCCCCUGUAUUUAGGUCCAAAUUUUUUGAUGAGGCAGAGGAAGAUACGCGAGAGGUUGUCAUUACCGAUCUAGAACCUAAGGUUUUUAAGGCAUUGUUGCAUUUCAUAUAUAGAGACACAUUGUCUGAAGAUGUCGAGAGUGUGGGGUCUAGCUCCUCUUCAGUGUCCUCAAUAUCUGAAACAUUAACAAUGAAGCUGUUGGCAGUAGCUGAUAGGUACGGUCUUGAGAGACUCAAGAUGAUGUGUGAAUCACACCUUUGCAAGGAUAUAUCUGUGAAUACUGUCUCCAAAAUGUUAACUUUAGCCAAUGACUAUCGUGCUAUAGAGUUAAGAGCUGUGUGUCUCAGAUUUGCUGCUGAAAACCUUGCUGCUGUCAUGCGAUCAGAUGGCUUUAAAUACCUAAGAGAGAACCACCCAGCACUGCAGUCAGAGAUUCUGAAGACAGUUGCAGGAUGUGACCAGGAUUGUAGCAGUGGAGGCACAAAAUCACGGAGUGUGUGGGCUCAACUUUCAGAUGGUGGUGACACUAGUGGUAGGAGGGUCAGGCAAAGAACCUGAAAGUAGUUGAUGAUGGUUUAAAAAUUGAAAAGCAAAUCAGCAAAACCAUCAUCAAACAUGUCUAGUUUCUCAUGGAAGGUACAGCCACAAGGCAGUAAACAAAGUCUUGUAGAUAGUGAGAUAUGAGUUUUUACUGUAAGUUGAUGCUGUGCUGUGUUAGCUGUCCUGUUUUUCAAGAUUUGUAAGUACCUAAGACAUUAAGAACAUGGCUCUAGUGUCCUCUGUAGUUUGCUAACAAGUUUUACUUACUUUCCAGUCAGCUGUUAACUUUGUGAUAAUCUGGUUCUUUUUCUUGGGUACAUGAUACAUCAUGCUUCUAUUUU